GAGCAAGCCUAUUCUAGGUACUGUCUCUCUGCUUUCCGCCGUCCCAGCGUUCAAGGUCCAUGAGAGAGAGAGAGAGGAGGAGCCUCGCGACAUUCAUCAUCUUGUGUUGGUUGAGAUACGCCUCGGUGUCUGCGAAUACGCGUCUCAUAGUUCCAGAAUUAUCGGGUUUGAGCUCGCGUCCAUAGCCCAAUGGGUAUCCCCUUCGCGAACCAAGCCAUUCUAUGGAUGUCGAGUUCGCAAAGCGGUUUCUUCGUCAGCACCCUGGGUCUCUGAGAAUGCCGCGUCCCGGAGCCCCGGCGGCCAUCCCCGUUCUUCGUAACCACGGCGCGGGCUCCAGAAACCCCACGGCAACGGACCGAAGGCCCGAAUUCCCAGAUCGCAUCGGGAGGGGGUGUCGGGGCGGAGAUCCUCAAGACCGAACUGUCUCACAGUGCACGGUUGCAAUUGCAUCCGGCCAGCUCUUUGGUCGCCCUCCAGAUCGAAGCACUAGUGAGCGGGUACUCGGCGCCGUUCCGCUAUACACCCCCGUCCGUGUGCCGUGCAGGCGGGGUCUCUCCAACGCCGGCUUCCCGUGUGUCAACACCGUACGGAGAGCACUUGGGCGACACCUUGCCUACUGGUCACGAAGCGACCAAGAUGAGACACUGAUCCCGCAAUACGUUGACUGUAAGGCCAGCUGCGUAUCGCACCCAAUCAGGCAUGCUCACCGCCCAAACAAACGCGAGGUUGCUACGGUAGUUGCCCAAGACAGAGAUUGUUUCAAACACCGAGAAAGAGACGACGAAACAAGGUGGCUCGUCCGACCCUGGCGACUGCCCCCAUGGCCGUACCAGGCGCAGAAAAAAAGACGAAGAGGGAAAGAGCCCGAUGACCACAGAGAGGAGCCGAGGUACCUAGCCAAGGCGAUCCAUUGUAGGGUAUCACAAAGAGGAACCCUCGUUGAGCUUCAUGUUGUCGACAGGAAACCUAAAACGGCCUCAUACACCCUGUCCCAGUUGUUGUCUACUGCCAUCCCGUCUCUUAAUUUCAUGCUUGUAUGGCGGCCAGGCUCUGUGACGACAUUCUAGCCCACUCGACCUUGUAUGUUCGUUCCGAACAUGGACAGAGUUUAUGCCUCCCCGGGGGGUCGCGAUAAGAGGCCCCGGCUUCGAAACGGCGUUGGUCGCAGGGCUCCGGCACAAAGUGUUUGAGACUCGCGACCCUCUGGCGGCUGAAAAACGAAGACAUGUCCACCACA